AUACGCAUAGGGGGUACAUGCGCUGUGAACGAUGAGGGAAAGAAUAUUUGUCAAUGUCGCCCGGGCUUUGGUCCAUAUUUGGGUAAAAGGUGCAAAGCUUGCGAAUGUGGUGAAGGUUCAAACUGCACAUUCACUGGCAUUUGGAACACGGAAAAGAAGUGCAUUUGUAAGAAAGGGUACAAAGAUGAAAAUGGUACAUGUGUAGGGCCUUGUGCACCAAAUCCGUGCGAAAACGGAGGCACGUGCUUGGAUAUCUCUGACUCUUACAGAUGUAUGUGUCCCUACGAUUACACUGGUCAGAAAUGCGAAUCGAAGGCCUGCAUAUGCUAUGGUGGUACUUGCGUUGUGAACAAAGAAGGAGAACGUGUAUGUGAGUGCCCGCCUGAAUAUGGUCUCGAUGACAACACAUGUAGAGCUUGCAUAUGUGGUAAAGGAUCAAACUGCACUUUCCGACGAAGCUGGUUUAACAGUAAAACCUGCAUCUGUAAAGAAGGAUACAAAGAAGAGAGAGGCAUUUGCAUAGGUACUUGUGACUCAAAUCCUUGCAAAAAUGGAGGUUCAUGUCACAAAUUUGAUGAAGAAUAUAAAUGCACGUGCAAAUCGCCUUACUCUGGAAAGUUCUGCGAAACAGGUCCUUGUGAACCAAAUCCUUGUCAAAAUGGAGGCAGCUGCUCGGUGUUAGGUCGAAGUUUCGUAUGUUCGUGUUUAGCUCCAUAUUCAGGAAUGAAAUGUGAAAAAAAUCCCUGCAUCCUAAACCCUUGCCAUAACGGAGGCAGAUGCAGAGUGGUAGAUGGGGAUUAUGUAUGUUCGUGUUUAUCCCCUUACUCAGGAAGGCAGUGUGAAAAAAAUCCGUGUAGCCCAAAUCCUUGCCUAAAUGCAGGCGAAUGUGUAAUAGGUGCAGAUGUUUAUAUCUGCAUUUGUGAAAACCCUUACUCAGGAACAAAUUGCGAGAGAGGUCCCUGCAGCUCAGAUCCUUGUCAAAAUGGUGGGAGUUGUAGUGUAGUAGAAGAACUGUAUAACUGCACGUGCCCAUAUCCCUACUUUGGGAAACUGUGUGAGAAAAGUCCUUGCAACCCAAAUCCAUGCAAAAAUCACGGUAAAUGCUCCGAGGUUGUUGGAGAUUAUAAAUGCAUUUGCAAACCUCCCUACUUCGGAAGAACAUGUGAAAAAGAUCUCUGCAGUCCAAAUCCUUGUCAGAAUUCGGGUAAAUGCACAGUGGAUAAAGACGGUUAUGUCUGCUUAUGUAAAUACCCCUACUCAGGAAGAAAGUGUGAAAUAGAUCCCUGCGGCUCAAAUCCUUGCCAGAAUGACGGAAGAUGUAGCGUAUUUGAUGGAAAACAUGAUUGUAAAUGCCCAUCUCCCUACUUUGGGAAAUUGUGUGAAAAAAGUCCUUGCAACCCAAAUCCAUGCAAAAAUGAUGGUAAAUGCAGGGUGGUUAAAACAGAUUAUAACUGCUCUUGCAAACCUCCUUACAUCGGAAGAAAAUGCGAAACAGAGUGCUACUGUGGAAAAAAUUCAACUUGUUUCCGUGAUGAAUACGGUUUUAAGCGGUGCGCCUGUGGAGAUGGUUACCUAGAAAUUGAUGGAGAAUGCAAAGAUGCAUGCAGUAUUUAUCCAUGUGUGCAUGGAACGUGUUUUAGAACUGUAGGAAAAGGCGUAUUUUGCAAGUGCGAAGAGAAUUACAAAGGUAUCUCCUGCGAUACCCCACUAGAAAAUAUUGGCGAAAGUAAGAAACAGGAUCUUCUUUUUCCAAUUCUUCUUGGAGCCAUGCUACUUUUGACAUUGGUUCUCUUCGUGAGUUUGGGUUAUGUACUUUGCAGGAAGAAAUAGAUGAACAAGAAAAGCGAGUUAGAUGAACAAUUUAGUGCACUCUCUUGAAAAUAUUGUUUACAAGAAACAUCAGACUAUUGAAAGGGACUCUGCAUGUUAUAUCUACUAAAUAUUCCUCAUCUCAGAGGGAAUGAUUAAGACGCUGGCAUAAAAAAUUGCUAUUUGCAAAAGUCGCAUAAUGUUACAUUUUUAAAGUAAUAAAAUGUUCUUAGAAGGAA